AUGCCAGAGGACACUAGGGAUUCGCCGCAGACAGUGGCCAGCGGGGGUACCUCGACCUUUGACAGCGGGCGACGAGGUACUCCCGACCUGCGGCUCCUGCACUACAACGACGUCUACCAUGUCGAAGCUUCCUCGUCAGAUCCCUGUGGUGGUGCCCCGCGGUUUCAGACCCUCGUGAACCAUUAUCGAUCCGAUCCCAGCUUCUCUGGACAGCCCUCAAUCCUCACCUUCUUUUCUGGAGACGCUUUCAACCCGAGUCUUGAGAGCACUAUCACGAAGGGCCAGCACAUGGUCCCGUUUCUUAACCAUGUGGGGACAGAUGUUGCGUGUGUUGGUAACCAUGAUCUAGACUUUGGAAUUGCACAGUUCAGGCACCUGAGAUCUCAAUGCAAGUUUCCAUGGCUGCUCGCAAACGUGCUUGACCCGGCCCUGGGCGAGGGUGAGCCCCUGGCAAACUGCCAGAAGACUUGCAUGCUCGUCUCUUCAAACGGAAUAAAAGUUGGAGUCAUAGGCUUGGGCGAAAGGGAAUGGCUUGCUACUAUCAACUACCUCCCUCCGAAUCUCAUAUACAAGUCUGCGUCAGAAACAGCGAAAGAGCUGGUCCCCACCCUCCGUGAACAAGGCGCAGACAUAGUCAUCGCCGUCACUCAUCAGAGAGAGCCAAACGAUAACAAACUCGCGGAAAAAAUCCCUCCUGGCUUGGUGGAUAUCAUUCUAGGCGGCCAUGAUCAUUAUUACAGUCACAGUUUUAUCAACUCUACGCACGUUUUGCGUUCCGGAACAGACUUCAAGCAGCUUAGCUACAUAGAAGCCUGGAGGAAACAGUCUGGUUCCGGCUGGGAUUUUAACAUCACCCGGCGAGAUAUCACACGCGAUCUUCCGAAACACCUAGGGACUGUUAAGCUUGUAGACAAGCUCACAUCAGCCCUCAAGGGGAAGCUUCAUAAGCCUAUCGGAUACACAGUUACCCCUCUUGAUGGUCGGUUCAUUACGGUCCGCACCCAAGAAUCGAACCUAGGAAAUUUCGUAUGUGACGUGAUGCGAUGUUACCAUAAUACGGACUGUGCAAUCAUGGCUGCUGGGACAAUUCGAGGGGACCAAAUAUACCCUCCUGGGAUUCUCAGAGUGAAAGACAUCCUCAAUUGUUUUCCUUUCGAAGACCCUGUGGUAGUUCUCCGCAUUACGGGCAAGGCCCUUUGGCUGGCACUGGAGAAUGGCGUUAGCGAGCUGCCUGCUCUUGAAGGGCGGUUCCCCCAGGUAUCAAAUAUCAAGUUUGCCUUUUCCAUGUCCAAACCACCUGGCUCCCGUAUCCUAUGGGUAAAACUAAACAAUGAGGAUCUCCGAGAUGACGGACUUUACACCGUAUCAACGAGAGGCUACAUGGCCAGGGGGAAGGAUGGAUUCGCCUCACUACUCACCAGGAGUGAGGGCGGCGAAGCGGAGGAGGUUGUGUCCGAAGAAGAUGGUCUCCUUCUCAGCACCAUGCUCCGGCAGUACUUCCUAAGUAAUAAGAUCAUAGGGAAAUGGAAUCGUCUCAGUCCUAGUCUGGACCGGCACUGGAUGUAUGUCCACAAGAAGCUCAAAUCAGAGGAGCUGACUCCUCCAGCCAGCAGCAGCACAUCUACUCCAACUAAUAUUCUCCCUGAAACGAGCUUCCGUUAUAUAUCCAAGCCGGGAGCUACCCAAGGGGCCAGCCCAGUAAUGACGGCUGCGCCGGUCCAUCAGCAGCCUGGUGCUGCCACUCUGGGCCGAAUAGGGGCUGACACACCCCUGGACUCCGAGUCUGACUCCCACUCAGAAUCCCUCUUCCGACCCCGUAAUUAUGUCACAUCCCAUGCCCUGUCUCCAGAUGAUGCCGAUCACAGAGAACUAGUUGCCCGAAGAGUUCUCCGAAAAUGGCGGAAAAAGCUGGGAGUUGAUCCAAACCGGGUUAAGACCGUUGAGCAAGGUGGCAAGGACCAUUUACCGCCAUGGACCCGGGCCAUAGCUCCUGUGGUAGAUGGUAGGAUCAUCCGUAUGAAUUGA